AUGAAGCGUUAUCGCGAUUCACGGCAAACAUCGCCACCAUUCACACUGCCAACCAUAGAAGACAAUGAUAUCCCCAAACUCUCCAGCCUUGAUGCACCAGUAUCUCCUCCCAGGAAAAGGUCCACAGCAAAGGCUAGACAUUCUAGUAAUGCCUCAUCAGAGCCAAAAGUCUCAGAGCAACAAGCAGAAACAUUUACCAAUAAAGAGCGCCACGAUCUAGCCGCCAUUGAAGCAGGCCAGGUCGAAGUCACAGAUCACCUAUCCAUCUUCUCUUCACGACUCAGUCAAGCUGCCCGUCCUGCAGUAUCACAGUCACCUCGAUUGCAGAUCCCAGACUGGGUAUCCCUGUACCAGCGCAACCAGUCUCCAGAAGGAAGACACUUCGUUAUUCAUCAGCAUGACCACCCCAUUGCUGGACCGCAUUAUGAUCUCCGGUUGCAGUUCUCGGACUCCAGUUCUGUUAGCUGGUCCAUCAUGUAUGGAUUACCGGGUAACCCUAACAGUCGACGGCUGAAUCGGAAUGCGACGGAGACGAGGAACCAUCUCAUCGAAACCGCGUCCCCCCGAACAGGAAGCAUGAUCAUCUGGGAUACAGGAGAAUACGAAAUUCUCCCCUACCAACCUGAACAAACGCAACCUGAAACAGACGACUCCCGUUCCGACAAUUUAUCAGACACAUCCAUCUCAACCGUAGACUCAAAAACCGAUAGUGAAAAACUCUGCCAAGCGUUUCAGAACCGCAAAAUCCGCCUCCGUCUCCACGGAACAAAACUCCCCCAAAACUACACCAUCAUCCUCCGUCUCGACAAAAACAUAGACUUCAGAAGAAACCCCACCACAACCCGAAAACGGCGUCGUCGAACGAUUCCAAACCUUAAAAGAGGGCCUAGUACAUCGUCCUCUGAUUCCUCGCCACCUCCAUCUAAAAGUGAUUCCACAGGGACGCCAGCUCCUGGCGUUUCGGAUCAAACUCUAUCUGCGUCUGAGACUCCUGGUGGGGAACACUCGGAUGAAGAAGAUGAUGUAGACGAGCAGAUUAGGACUAAUAAUGCCUAUCCGGGGGCUAUCAACUCCAUUGGGUCGGUUCAUCAGCGGAGAUGGUUUGUUACUCUUGAUCGGGUGAAUUCGGGGUUCGUGGCUGAGGCUGGGUCUGGGUCUGGUGGGAAGAGGUGGGUGAGGAAAUGGGAUCCUGGGACGGGGCGCUUGUUGGGUUUUGAGCCGUUUUAUGUUCGGGGGCCUGAGGUUGAGAGGAGUGUUGUUACUGGGAGGCUGGGGAGGGAUGUUUUGGAGGAUGAGGGUGUCGAGGGUUUUGUGCCUAGACGGGGGUGGAGGGCCGUUUUGGAAUGA